AUGGAAACAAAUCAGCCCCGAAUCCGUGUCGUUGUACGGCUGCCCUAUGACCGCACCGAGGAGUCCCUCCCAGACCCACCUGUAGUAGAAUGGAAUCAAGAGAAAGAGAGUCUGCUUUGGUCAGUUAUUACACUGUCCCGCGAGCGUGGCACAGACGCAGACUGGAGAAGUCUCGCUACGCAUCUCAGCGUGCCCCUUCCGUAUCUGCUCUACCGUGCACAGACCCGCUAUGAGGAAGGCAUCCGCGGUCUCCAGGGCAUCCGUGGCGCACUGUCUCCUCCAGCGCCCAGUACCAAUACUACUGCGUUUCCCUCACAUCCUGCUACCAGCCCUACAUCGGCGCAUCCGCCACACACGAAUGAAUACUUCCCUCGGCUGUCUGAGGUAGCUGCGCGCCGGCUGUCUAAUUCACCCGCAUCUCCUAACCGCCCGCUCGGCGUUCGUGCGCGUCUCAGCUCAUUGGGACAGAGUCAGCGGACGAGGCGACAAGCCGCGGGACGCCUCCUCGUCCACUGUCACCCACGUCAUCGCAUGCAGCGGGACGACGAAGACAGCGAGGACAGCGAUGAAGAUGAAGAUGCGAAGCGGGAAGAGGAGGAGGAUCAACGGGCGGAACAGCAACAAACGCUGGAACGCAAGCUGCGCGAGUUGGAACUGAUGAUGUCGAAGGAUGCUCUAGGGCUUGUCGCCUCUCCCAAGAAGGAGAACCUAUCUCAACUGAGACGGGGACGACCGCGACCCCUUUCAACGUCCACCGCUUCGCUUUCUAGUGCUCAUCCCAGCACGUCUCGGAGUCAACAGAGCCUAUCCAGUCUCAGUUCACGCUCUCCGCAUGGUUCCAUCCCGUCGAUACCCUCGUCUCCUCCACAUACUCAACACGUGCAUCAUUGGCGUUCGCAUCCAGAUUCUCGCACGCAACAGCCUCAUGCCCGCGAGGAGUCAGAAUCGUCUGGGCGAUCCUCGCCGCGCCAUGCUUCUCCGAUUUCACGGCACUUUAGCCCAUCUGGGAAGACAGGAAGUCCAGGCAGUGAGGCAUCCAGCUUCAGCGACUUGAGUGACGCAAGCGUCUCAGCUUCCGCUCUGGCGAGCGCCUUGGAAUCGAAUGUCAGAGCUGGAGGAUCGCGAUUGUGUGUGACAGCCUUCAUCGUUUACUCGCAGUAA